AUGUGUGAUGUGCCCAAGGGGGCCGAGACCUUCGGAGUCUCUGGGAGCUCCGGAGUGGAGAUUUUCAUGGUCUACGACCCAGCUCGGGUGACAGUGCCCACAGGCAAGUCCCGCUGGCCCCUGGACACCAAUGUGGAGGUGACCGUAUCCGUGGAUGCAGCCAGUAAGGACUUACAUGAUCUCAAGGUGAAGGUGUCCUACUUCGGGGGGCAUGAGGGCGGCGCCCUGGGCCACAGCGUGCUCUACCUCACUGGCGUUGACCUCUCCCUUGAUGUCGACACGCAUCGCACGGGCAAGGUGAAGAGGAGCCACGGCGACAAGAAAACCUGGCGCUGGGGCCCCGAAGGCUAUGGGGCCGUCCUGCUGGUGAACUGUGACCGGGACAGUGUCACAUCCAGAGGGCCUGACCUCACCAACAGCCAGCUGGCAUCACUGGAUGACCUACAGGACAUGUCCCCCAUGGUACUGAGCUGUGACGGCCCAGACAAGCUCUUCGACAGCCACAAGCUGGUCCUGAACGUGCCCUUCUCGGAUUCCAAACGAGUGGGGGUCUUCUGUGCUAGGGGCGGGAAUUCCCUGAAAGACUACAAGCAGGUGCUGGGGCCUGGGCACCUGUCCUACGAAGUUAAGCGGCAGCAGGGGGAGCGGAAGAUCAGCUUCUUUGUGGAGGGACUCACCUUCCCUGACGUUGAUUUCUUGGGGCUGGUCUCCCUCAGUGUCAGCCUGGUGGACACGGAGACCCUGCCUGAGGUGCCCCUCUUCACAGACACCGUGGCCUUCCGCAUGGCCCCCUGGAUCAUGACCCCCAACACCCAGCCCCCCCUGGAGCUGUAUGCAUGCAGUGUGGCAGACUCUCACGGCCCAAAUAAGAAAUUUCUGGAAGACAUGUCUGACCUAGCAUUGAAAACCAACUGCAAGCUGAUCAUCUGCCCUCAGAUUGAAAAUCGAAAUGACCGCUGGAUCCAGGAUGAGAUGGAGUUUGGCUACACCGAGGCCCCUCACAAGUCUUUCCCAGUGGUCUUUGACUCUCCCCGAAACAGAGGUCUGAAGCAUUUCCCCUAUAAGCGGAUCCUGGGUCCCGACUUUGGAUAUGUAACCCGGGAGAUCCUGUCCGCUGGUGCCUCCAGCCUUGACUCUUUCGGCAACCUGGAUGUCAGCCCGCCCGUCACAGUGGGCGGCAAGGAGUAUCCCCUGGGCCGGAUCCUCAUCGGCAGCAGCUUCCCCAAAUCGGUACCUGAGGGCACAGAGAUGUUCGAGGUCUAUGGGACCCCUGGCGUGGACAUCUACAUCUCUCCUAGUGUGGAGAGGGGCCGGGAGCGCGCGGACACCAGGCGGUGGCACUUUGAUACGGGGUUGGAGAUCAUCGUGGUCAUGAACUCUCCCAGCAACGACCUCAAUGACAGUCAUGUGCAGAUUUCCUACCACUCCAGCCAUGAGCCCCUGCCCCUGGCCUAUGCGGUGCUCUACCUCACCUGUGUUGACAUUGCUCUGGAUUGUGACCUGAACUGUGAGGGCAGGCAGAAUAGCAGCUUUGUGGACAAGCGGGAUUGGGUCUGGGGGCCUGGCGGGUAUGGAGCCAUCCUGCUGGUGAACUGCGAUAGGGAUGAUCUGAACUGCAAUGACCAGGACAACCGUGACCGGCAUGUGCACUGCCUGCAAGACCUGGAAGACAUGUCCGUCAUGGUCCUGAAGACCCAAGGCCCCGCCGCCCUCUUUGAUGACCACAAACUUAUCCUCCACACUUCCAGCUAUGACGCCAAGUGGGCACGGGUCUUCCACGCCUGUGGUCCUGAAGACUCAUGCAAGUCCUACAGGCACGUGCUGGGCCAGGACAAGGUGUCCUAUGAGGUGCCCCGCUUCCAUGGGGACGAGGAACGCUUCUUUGUGGAGGGUCUCUCGUUCCCUGAUGCCAGCUUCACGGGGCUCGUCUCCUUCCAUGUCACCCUGCUGGACGACUCCAACGAGGAUUUCUCUGAGUCCCCAAUCUUCACCGACACCGUGGUGUUUCGUGUGGCGCCCUGGAUUAUGACGCCCAGCACCCUGCCGCCCCUGGAGGUGUACGUGUGCCGUGUGAGGAACAACACAUGUUUUGUGGACGCCGUGGCGGAGCUGGCCACGAAGGCCGGCUGCAAGCUGACCAUCUGCCCGCAGAAUGAGAACCGCAAUGACCGCUGGAUCCAGGACGAGAUGGAGCUGGGCUAUGUUCAGGCCCCACACAAGACCUUCCCGGUGGUCUUUGACUCCCCCAGGAAUGGGGAACUGCAGGAUUUCCCUUACAAAAGAAUCCUGGGUCCAGAUUUCGGCUAUGUGACUCGGGAACCACAAGACAGCUCUGUGAGUGGCCUGGACUCCUUUGGGAACCUGGAGGUCAGCCCCCCAGUGGUGGCCAAUGGGAAAGAGUACCCCUUGGGGAGGAUCCUCAUCGGGGGCAACCUGCCUGGGUCCAGCGGCCGCCGGGUCACCCAGGUGGUGCGGGACUUCCUCUAUGCGCAGAGGGUGCAGCCCCCCGUGGAGCUCUUUGUGGACUGGCUGGCCGUGGGCCACGUGGAUGAGUUUCUGAGCUUCGUCCCUGCCCCCGAUGGGAAGGGCUUCCGGAUGCUCCUGGCCAGCCCUAGCGCCUGCUUCCAGCUCUUCCAGGCAAAGCAGAAGUGGGGCCACGGCGGUGCCCUCCUGUUCAAAGGGGUUGUUGGGGAUAAGCCAGUCAACACUGUCUCCAUCAACCAGGUCCUCUCCAACGUAAACCUCAUCAGUUACAAUAAGUUCGUGCAGAGCUGCAUCGACUGGAACCGGGAGGUGCUGAAGCGGGAGCUGGGCUUGACUGAGCAGGACAUCAUCGACAUCCCCCAGCUCUUCAAGACUGAGAGGAGAAAGGCGGUGGCCUUCUUCCCUGACUUGGUGAACAUGCUGGUGCUGGGGAAGCACCUGGGCAUCCCCAAGCCCUUCGGACCCAUCAUCGACGGCCAGUGCUGCCUGGAGGAGAAGGUGCGGUCCCUGCUGGAGCCGCUGGGCCUCCACUGCACCUUCAUCGACGACUUCACCCCGUACCACACGCUGCACGGGGAGGUGCACUGCGGCACCAACGUGCGCCGGCAGCCCUUCUCCUUCAAGUGGUGGCGCAUGGUGCCCUGAGCCGGUCCCCCUCAUCCUCUCCCCCUGGGGUGGGACAUGGGCCGGUCCUGAACAAUAAGCAUCAAGAGACCCCAAGGUUCCAGAUAGCACAUUGAGGGGGACUGUCUCUCUCAGAAGCCUUUUCCCUAGAAGUGUUCAUAGCUCACUUGCAACCCAUUUGGUUCUCAGACUUGAUUCUUGUUGGCCUCCCAAGAAGAAAGACCUCACUUCUUGUGGCCUCUCAUGAGGAUCAACAUGACCCAUGGGGAUUCCUCCAAACUCCCCCCUUCCCACCCCCAAAUCCUCUGUUUGGGAUUGAAUUUACUUUGGGGUCUAGAAACAACCAUGUGUCUCAUCUGCCAUCUUGGCCUGUGUGUCCUAAUGGAGGAAGGACCCACAAUUCUGCUUGGGUCUGAUUGCCUCUCACUCUGCAGGGGAACAGCCUUAAAGUCAGAUCCCUCUACCCAGGAGAGAGUCUACACAUAGCUUCCCCCAGAGGGAAGGAGGUGUGGUCCAUGUAGAUCAAGGUUGGAUCAUCAGCCUACCUGCCAAGCUUCUGACCAGAUGCUAAACUCUCUACCCUACCCAGUGCCCAGCAUGAACUUUCACAUAGUUGGUCCUUGCUAGAUGUGUGUUGAAGGAAUGACUGUUGGCCCUUAGCCUUAUAAAUGCCCCGUCAUCUGACAUUCAGAAAUCUGGCUUUGUCCAAAAACCUCCAGGAAUUUCCUAGAGAUGAAAGUAUGUGGGGAAUUCUUGGAUUUGGGGAAGCCUAUGGGUGCAAGGGUGAAAGAUGUCCUUCAUAAUGCAUAGGAUGCUUCCUUGGCCCCAGACCUCUCUCUGCAGGAGGGGAGAAUCAGUCCUAGACUUUCUGUUGCCCUCUGGUCAACAUUUCCAUGUCCUGCCAUGCCUCAGGAGAGGGGGCCCAGAGGGGCAGAUCCACCGAGGCAGCUCACAGUGGGCCAGCUCUGGGAAUG